AUGUUCCGCGUCACGCCAACAGCUCGCCAGGGUUACAGGAUGGUGCCGAGCAUCGCGUCAAGCAACUCGAGCGUCGCCCAGGGCCAGCUUUCCGGGUUUCGAAGUGCAUUUCUCAGAAAUGAUGCCAUUUCCGCGUUGGUCUGGAAGUGGCGCUGCAAGCUGCUUCGCAGCGCCGACAACGACCGCGACAAGGACUUGCAAAGUCAGGCCGAUGAGGAAGAGGUAGGCGGCGAGCCCGUCAUCAAGCCCGUCAUCAAGAUCAUGUACGAGGGUCCGCAAGCAAACGUGGGCUACAACUGGGUUGACUAUCCGCCGGAGCAAAUUUCCAAGGCGACGGCACGCGAGCUCGACGGUGCCGCCAUCAUAAUUUUCAUGGUCAAGGAUUAUGAGAAACGGAGCAUCUCGGGCCACGUGCCUCUGAAGUAUCACAGCUUCGAGGUGAGAUAUCUGGCCGUCGUUUCCGCGCUCGCUUCGAUUUUCAAAAAGCAGGACUAUUACAUUAGCAAAACCGAGACCGCAUUAUUCAAGGCGCCUUUUCACGUGCUCUUCUUCUGCCAGGAUGAGAUUAAGCAGCUCUGCAAUGGCCUAGAGGCGAGGGAUGACGAAUUGGCUCCAUACCUCAGAGACUUUGUCAAGACAAUGAAUCUUUUCCUCAGAGACAUACUCACAAAGCUCAACAACCUCGGCGGCUCUGGUCUCAUUUCUUUUGCUACUGUCUGGACUCUGUUCCCUCGUGGAGCUACUGUCUACAGCACCGACCUUGAGUCCGAGUUCUUGUGCAAAGUGACAAAGGCUGACUAUAUCUCCGAUGCCGGCGAAACUUAUCUUCAGAUUGGCGUCAAAGUCCUUCGCUUCAAUGGUGACUGCUUUGUCUGGACAACCCAGAUGCUGCGUCUCGACAGCUUCUCCGGCAACAAGCCCAUCAAGCAGCUUCGCCAUUACCCCUUCAAGCAUCACACCGAUAUGGCCGGUGUAUACGACCGACUGCAACGUCGCGGCAAUAUGAUGCUCAACCUCCAGAAUCUGCAGUAUCGGUGCUACAACAAGGUCGCCCUAUACUGGCAAGAUAUCAAGACGCCCGUGAAGCACCACGUCGAGGGCCGCAUUCUCGUCGACGUUGCCGGCUACCAAAAGUACAAAGACAACAGCCUGUGCCGCGGCAGCGCAAAGCGCAGGUCUUCAAAGCGCCGCAACGAAGACGAAGAUGACCUCGAUGACUGGGGCAUCGGCGCCUGGGACGAGGCCGACAGUGACUUUGACGCCGAGUCCAUCAAAUCGUUUUCAGACGCCAACCCGGACUCGUCGUCCGACAGAGACGCCAACGCGAACCAGCCAGAGAACUGCACAUUUCGAAGACACAUUACCGAGUCUCAGUGCCAACGCAACAAAGAGAUGAUGCUUCGCCGCAAAGACGACCUACCGUUUGUCUACGGCCUCGUCGGCGGCUACGCCCUCAAGACCAAUCUCUGGGUCCAGUUUUACAUAGAGGACAUUGAGCCCAUCAUCUGGAACGAAACCGCCUAUUCGCACCUCGUCUAUGACGAACCACAAAAAGACCUCAUCCUAUCCUUUGUCCAGCGCCACAGCUUCGCCAGCGCCACUCCGGCCCCUGUGUCUUUCGCGUCCCGCUCUCCGCCCAGCGACUCGAGCUCGACCGCGACUGAAGCCGUCUUGGACCAGGCGCCCAAGCGCACGCUCGCCCCCAACGAGGACGUCAUCAUCGGCAAGGGCCAGGGUCUUGUAAUUCUGCUCUCCGGCCCAACUGGCACUGGCAAGACGCUCAUGGCCGAAGCCGUUGCCGACCGCGCGCGGCGCCCGCUCGUGCCCCUGCCGGCCGAGAACCUAGGCACUCAGGCCGGCGAGCUCGGCCCGUAUCUUAGGUGCUACCUCACCAUGGCCGCCGAGUGGAACGGCAUCGUGCUGCUCGACGAGGCCGACGUCUUCAUGGCCCAGCGCGACCCCGUGAGUGUCUACCGCAACGAGCUCGUCAGCAUUUUCCUCCGCGAGCUCGAGUAUUGUCGCGGCGUCGUCUUCCUCACCACCAAUCUCUACGAGACCAUUGACUCGGCUUUUCGUAGUCGCGUCAGCCUCCAUCUGCGCUUCUCCGAGCUAUCGCGGGACGCCCGCAAAAAAGUAUGGCACAACUUUCUCUCAUGUCUCGCGCCCCAGACCCUCAAGCCGGCGGUGAGAGAGGAGCAGGAGCAGAAGCAGAAGGAGGGUGAUGAGAACAAGAGUGCGGUGGUGUCGAUUACGAGCGACGCGAGCAUUGACGAGUUAAGCCUCUGGCAGCUUAAUGGCCGUGACAUCCAGACCGUGCACAAGAUGGCGCAUAUGUGGUGCGACUACAAGAAACUCGCCAUGACGGUGGAGUUGGUCGAAAGCGUCAUCCGCGCGACGAAUCCGUCUGCGAUAAAGUGCUCCGAGGCGGAUUGGCAACUAUACAGUUGA